AUGAGGAGCAGCAGCAGCAGCAACAGCGCCGGCUCGGCGCCCAGGAGGAGGCCGAUGAGCGACCUCAUCGGCGCCAGCGACGACCUCUCCCGCUACUCCGUCGCCACCACCACGGUCUCGUCCGACCGUUCGUCCGGCAGCGGGCGCGGCGCCGCCGCCUUCCUCGACGCCUUCCGCUCCUGCUUCGCCCCCUCGGACGCGCGCUCGCCGGAGACCUCCCUCUCCGACGUGGACUUCGACGCCUCCCACCAGCACUCGCAGUCGCUGAGCUCUCAAGGUUCUACCAGCGGGAGCACUUUCGAGAGCAGGAGAUCAGCUAGGGGGCUGUAUGGCUCCACCCUCAGGAACUCUUCAGAAAGGGAGGUACCCGGCGAUAGGAAGUUAACCUUGCCAGAGAUCCAGAAAGCAACAAAGAACUUCUCGCCCAACCUUAAGAUUGGGCAGGGUGGUUCUGGGACAGUGUACAAGGGUCAGCUCAGCGAUGGCACCCUCGUCGGCGUCAAACGGGCCAAGAAGAAUAUGUAUGACAAGCAUAUGGGCCACGAGUUCCGGAACGAGAUAGAGAUGCUGCGAUGCAUCGAGCACCUGAAUCUGGUUAGGUUCCAUGGGUUCCUUGAGUUUGGUGGUGAGCAGUUGAUCAUUGUGGAGUAUGUUCCCAAUGGCAAUCUUCGGGAGCACCUUGAAGGUCUGAACGGAAAAGUCCUGGAGUUCUCCGUGAGGUUGGAAAUCGCGAUCGAUGUGGCCCACGCUAUUACGUAUCUUCACACCUACUCUGAUCAGCCGGUCAUCCACAGGGACAUCAAAUCCUCAAACAUUCUUCUCACAAACAACUGCCGAGCUAAGGUUGCUGACUUUGGAUUUGCGAAACUGGCUCCAACUGACGCUACACAUGUCUCUACUCAAGUCAAAGGAACAGCUGGGUACCUUGAUCCAGAGUAUCUAAGAACAUACCAGCUCACUGAGAAGAGUGAUGUCUACUCCUUUGGAGUGUUGCUAGUGGAGUUGGUUACUGGGAGGCGCCCGAUCGAACCUAAGAGGGCGAUCGUCGAACGUGUCACAGCAAAAUGGGCAAUGGAAAAAUUCUCAAAGGGCGAUGCGAUAUUAACACUGGAUCCAAAUCUAGAAGUGAACGACGCGACCAACCUGGCAAUUGAGAAGAUGUACGAGCUGGCCCUGCAAUGCCUAGCUCCCAAGAAGAGGAGCCGGCCGAGCAUGAGGCGAUGCGCAGAGAUCCUGUGGAGUAUACGUAAAGAUUACAGGGAGUUGGCUCAACCAACCUCCUCUUGA